UAUACCCCGAUUUUCGUUCGCCUGGCACUUUCAAGUCUCCAUUCAGAUCUCUACAAUAAUUAUCAUGACAGCAGAUAAGGAAUCAUCUAUCUUACCGGAAGAGAACCUAUCUGUCAAUGAAACUCACCAACCAAAACUCCUCGAAAGCUGCAUCCGACAGCGACGCUCCGUACGCGUCUUCACAACUGAUUCAGUUCCACCGAAUCUCCUCCACGAAAGCCUCAAACUGGCAUCUCUCGCUCCAUCAAACUCUAACAUUCAGAACUGGCGACUGACGCUCGCCAAUGGAGCUGUGCGCGACCGUGCCAUAGCUGCCCUUCGGGAGGCCGCUACUACAUCCGCUCCCAGCACUGCUCCGAUCCCAUCCUAUCUGCGACACUUCCGAUCCGAGUUUGGACACAUUCUCUACGGUCCCACUGGCUACAAUAUCCCACGCUCGCAGCCGGAAAAGCAUAGACAAGCUUAA